CCUUCCUCGGCUUGCCCCGGUCAACCCCAAGCACAUGAAUGCCAUAUGCCGGGUCAAGGAUCUGGUAAGUCAUGCGAUCACUUCGCUCUUGACCGAACAUGGGGAUCAAGCUAGAUAUUGCGCUCGUGCUACUUCCUUGGGAGCUAGGUGCCGAUUAGCCUCCAGCUUGAGAUGCCGUCUGCUCUCAUCUGAAAGACUGAGGAGGAUGCGCCGACCAAAGCUCUGCUAUAUAUAAAAAUGCCUGCAUCCUGACAGCGCCCCUUCUUCCUCUCCAUAUCCGUUCGUACAUACUCGAGACAAAUUCUACCACACAGAGCUCUCAGCAGUCUGGAAGCAAUCUAAGUAGUGCAAGACUACAAAACAUUUCUCACCGCCCGACCACUUGCUACCGUAUCAGCGAUCACCCCUCUUCGACUGUGCGGAAAAGCAACUUCAAACACUAUGGCAUACGCAUACUACUACGACUUGCCACCCCCAUUAGUCGACAAUUUGCAUGAACGACAUCAUCAGCAUCAAAGUCUAAUGCAAUAUAUCGCUCGCCGACACCCUAGACCCGAAGACAAUCCUAACCAACCGGACGUUGACUUCCGCGACGCAAUCAAGGAAUACUUGGUUGAAGUCGAGGUUCCCGGCAUCAAGAAGCCAGACGAAGUGACUGUUUCCUGGACUGGCUCACGGUCGCUCCUCUUGACAGGGCAGACAUACCGACCAGACUAUGGAACCCCUGAGACCACGGAUGUGGAGGAAGAUAAAGACAAGCCACAAGCUGGCGGAAUCCAUCUAUUGGUGGGCGAGAGGAGAAUCGGGCCUUUCAGAAGAUAUAUCAACUUUCCGACCGAUGUGGAGAACGUCAGUGUGACGCUGGAGGCCGGUUUGCUGAAGAUCAAGGCCCCAAAGAAAGGCUUCGCUGACGUCGCCGAUGCCAAAGUGGAUGUCAAGCACGCUGAUCCUAAGCGUUCUAUGCCGAUCCAACAUACAUUCGGUGGCAUCUGAACGGCUACGAGUGCUCGGAGUGCUCGUGCAAGGAGGUAGUUAUGGACUCAGUUCGGCUGGACGGCGCUAGUCUCGAACAGAGUCAGGUGUCAGGCUUUCUCGAGUAAUUCAAGCUGGAUUUCGGUGCUAUUGUCCUUCCAACUCUCUUUCGCUGUCUCUCCUUUCGUACAUUAUGAAAGGCGUGUCUUCCGCAUGAUGUCCUAUCCCAGUAUGACCGCAAAAACACCGGGACCUCUCUAAUCAACUCUCCUCAUUCUCGACGGACUUCUUCUCAGGCCGACCUUGGACUUGAGAUGCCAGCCGGCAACCACCAAUUCCAUCAUCACUGCCAACUAGUGGACGUUCAACCGCUUAGCAGUCUGACCACGCAGUAGCCAAUCGAUAUCGCGGGUUCGUGAGUGCCACUCCUCCCAAUGUCUCAAGGGUGACGGCCGUGCUGAAGGCCAUCUCUCUCGCGGUUGUACCAAG